AUGACGCUCUUAAUGAGAAGUAGUAACAAAUUACCAUGCCUAAAAAUGGUUGUUGGAUCUUUAUACUUACCUAAAGAUAAUCCAAAUAAGCCUUUAGGUGAAGAUGCACACUUUAUACAUGAAUUAUACCAAACUAUUGGUGUUGCUGAUGGUGUUGGUGGUUGGGUGAAACAGGGGAUUGACGCUGGAAUAUACGCUAGAGAGCUUAUGAAGAAUUCAUUUAUCGCUACAUAUGAUGAAUCAAUGAAAGGUCAUGUAAACCCUAAAAGGGUUCUUGAAGAAGCAUACAAAAACACAAAUUCAAAAGGAUCGUCUACGACUUGUAUUAUAACUCUUAACUUGGUGAAAAAUACUAUAGUUGUUGCUAAUGUUGGUGAUAGUGGAUUUUUUUUAAUCAGAAAGGGAAAAAUUAUAUACAAGUCACCAAUACAACAACGAGGAUUUGGAUGUCCAUAUCAAUUGGGAAAUUGCAAUUCAGAUAAUCCUAGCGUUGCUCAAGAGUUGGAAUUAAACGUUGAGAAAGAUGAUAUUUUGAUGGUUGGGACGGAUGGAAUGCUUGAUAAUAUAUUUGAAAGUGAGAUAGAGGAAAUUGUUCGAAGAGCGAUAGACCAAAAUGUAAAGGCAGAGGAGUUGGCUAGUCAAAUUGGGAACAUUGCUUUGUAUAAUUCAUUUGAUAGAUUUGCAGAUACACCAUUUUCUAGAGCAUCUGAGGGACGAUAUAAAGGAGGAAAAAUUGAUGAUAUUACUGUUAUUGUUGCUUAUAUACAAUAA